CUCCGGAUCGCGGCUGCGGAGCAACACGCGGACCACCGGCCCCUUAAAUCACUAUACAUAUCAAAGAAGCCUGUAAAUUGUGCGUUUUUUGCCGUGAUCGCCGCGGAAGAUGAGUUCUCAGAGGGACCCCCCGUUCCACGCAAUGGACCGGACCAAGCCAGAUCAGCUUCAGGUGGACAGCACCACUGGCAUGGCUUUGGAGGGGUGUCCGGGGGCGGGCCGUGGGGUGGAGAAGGGGGCUGGCAGCCACGCGAGCGGAGAGCCCCAGCGCGGGGGCAAGGGGCUGAGGUGGCGCAAACGCUCGUCUCACUCGGAGGGCCACUACCCCGCCGAGGAGGAUUGGUCCCCCGAGCCGAGCCCGGGCCUGCUGGGCCUAUGGGCGGAGCCAGUGUGGUUCGGCCGCGGCCCCCGCGAGCAGGCCGAGGGCCCCUCCCUCCCAUUGGCCAGCCAGACGUCCUGCCACCGGCAGGUGAGGGUGAUGUGGAUGAACACUCCGUCCUCCGACCCGGCCGAGCAGCGCUCCCACCCGAACCUCCCGGCCCCCUCAACCCCCAGCUCCCUCACCCUUAUGCCCACCCUCGGCACCCCUGAUGAGGAGUACCUCUCGCUCGGCCCCUCCCCCGGACCCCCUCAGCAGAGGCCCAGCCACGCCCCCCCGCGUGGCUCCACUGCGCCGCCAAGGGACGCGUCCACGGAGAAGCCACACCCCCACCUGGCAGUGCCCACCUACCGCCAGAGGCCACACAGCCAGCCCAGGCUGCCCGUCGCUGGCCACGCCCACGGCCAUGGCCACGCCCACAACCACGGCCACACCCGCGCCCCUAACCAGUGGAGGAGGGGGCCGAGGGGUCAGGGGGUGCGCCGAAAGAGGUGGAACUCGGAGGCUGACGCCGACUCUCCAAGGCAGCAGUACCGGCUGGGCCCGGGAGCGAUCCGGCCUGGCACCAUGAGUGCAGCGCAGUGCCUGGCCCAGGAGAAGAUCUGGUUCGACAAGUCCCGCUACGAUGAAGCCGAGCGUCGCUUCUACGAGGGAGUGAACGGCCCCACGCAUGGAACACAGGAGUCUGGAGCUAAUACCAUCCUGCAGGACAUUGCCAGAGCCCGUGAGAAUAUCCAGAAAUCUCUAGCCGGAUUGAAGACAGCACUGCAGUCGGGCAGAGGGUCUCACCACCCCAGGAAUCGCCACAGCAGGCCUAAUGCGUCGCAGGCCGCCGGGGACCAGAGCGAGCUGGUCAGCCGCAUGAGGAGCCUGGAGCUGGAGAACCAGAACCUGCACAACGUGGUUGAGGAUCUGCGCUCAGCGCUCUCUCUUCUGGAGUCCAGGGUGGCAGCCCUAGAGAGAACACCAGCAGCAGCUCCAUCUGUCCAGGUCACCUCUGCUCAGCAGCCAAAGGUCCGCGCCCCGGUGGAGGAGGAGGACGAUGACGACCUGGACCUGUUCGGCAGCGACGAGGAAGAGGACGAGGAGGCAGAGAGAAUCCGCGAGGAGAGGGUGAAGGAGUACUCCGAGAGGAAGUCCAAGAAACCCGCCAUCAUCGCCAAGUCCUCCAUCCUGCUGGACGUGAAACCGUGGGACGAUGAGACGGACAUGGUGAAGCUGGAGGAGUGUGUGCGCUCGGUGCAGGCCGAUGGGCUGCUCUGGGGCUCCUCUAAGCUGGUCCCCGUGGGCUACGGCAUUAAGAAGCUGCAGAUCCAGUGCGUGGUGGAGGACGACAAGGUGGGCACAGACAUGCUGGAGGAGGAGAUCACCAAGUUCGAGGACUACGUCCAGAGUGUGGACGUGGCUGCUUUCAACAAGAUCUGACCCCUACAAACACACACACACACACGCACACACACACACACACACGCGCACACACACACACAACCCAGCUGUUAUUACUGCCACAACACGGUUACAAAUAAAGAGCUCUGAGC